AUGAUCCAUCCGGAAGGUGCUGCUGCUGCUGCUGCUGCUGCUGGGGCCGGUGCUGCUACUAUGCCGGUGACGUUUUCGUUCGUACCGUUCAACCCAGCUGCUGGAAAGUUCGAUCGGUGGUUAGACCGAUUGCAAAUUUCGUUCCGGAUCUACAAAGUAGCCAAUGUAAACAAACGGGACUACUUGCUGCAUUACAUGGGCGGUGCGGCCUACGAAAUCCUGUGCAACAAGCUGAUGGACGAGCUGCCGCUGGAGAAAAGCUACGAUCAAAUUGUGACGAUUCUCAAAAACCACUUCACUCCUGCUCCGUUGGAAAUAUUAGAAAAUUUUAUGUUCCAAAGCCGUAAACAAUUGGAACAUGAAACGUUGAGCGACUACCUGAUGGAUUUGGAGAAAUUAGCCCAGACUUGCAAUUUCGAAGCCCACCUAAACAAAGCUAUCCGGAACCAGUUCGUUUUCGGAAUCCGAAUCCGUGUUAUCCAAUCGCGAUUGCUGGAAGUGCGCGAUUUAACACUCGAGCGGGCGAAGGAGAUUGCGUUCGGUAUGGAGAUGUCGUUCCGUGGGACCGACGAAAUGCAUGGUUUCCGUCUUCGGCCGUCUGCUGACGUAAAGUAUAUCGAGCACGGCAAAACCAAGAAGAAGAAGAGCAACAAUCAAUUAUCUUUAACCAACUCGACUGCAGCUGCGUCGUCGAAAAAGUUCGAUGGCCAAAAGAGAACAUGCUACAGAUGCGGUGAUGAUGGUCAUUUGGCCGACAAAUGCAAGUAUGUGACUACCAAGUGCAAGUUCUGCAACAAGAAGGGACAUCUCGAAAAGGUUUGCCAGUCGAAAAGGAAGGAAGAGAUGAGAAAGAACGAUGCACAUCAUCUGGAGGAGCCGUACGUGGUUAAGGAUCUUUUCCACUUGCGUUCGGCGCUGAACUUUUCAAGCAAGUUCAUGCUGAACAUUACCGUCAACAAGAAGGUGCUCACAUUCGAGGUCGACACUGGAUCCCCGGUGUCAUUGAUCGGUUCCCAAGAUAAGCAACGGUAUUUCCCUCACCUUACCCUUCAUCCUGCUGACCUCCGACUGUUCUCCUGUGAUACGGAGAUCCCGGGUCCCGAGCGGGAUAAAUGCAAUCUUAGUGUGUACAUUAAAGCAAGACCAGUUGCAUUUGCAGUUCGCAAUGCCGUUGACAAGGAAAUCGACAAAUUAGUUAGUGAUGGUAUCUGGGAAAAGGUUGACCAUUCUAACUGGGCCACACCGGUCGUGCCAGUGCAGAAGGCAGGCGGUAGGGUGCGCUUAUGCGGAGAUUACAAAAUUACGUUAAAUCCCAACUUACUUGUCGAUGAUCAUCCCCUUCCAACGGUGGAAGAGCUUUUCGCGACUGUCGCGGGCGGACAACGAUUUUCGAAAAUAGAUUUGUCGCAAGCUUACUUGCAAUUAGAAGUGCGUCGCGAAGAUAGAGAGUUACUUACCCUUAGUACACAUCGUGGACUGUUUCGUCCAACGAGGCUCAUGUACGGAGUGGCCUCAGCCCCUGCAAUCUUUCAAAGAUUAAUGGAACAGAUCCUACAAGAUAUUCCGGGUGUGACAAUUUUAAUCGAUGACAUUCGCGUGACAGGUCCCGAUGACCGUACCCAUUUGCUUAGAUUAGAGAAAUACUAA